GACACAAGUGAGUGUUGUAUUUUUCUUGAUUUAGUUUUGGUGUGUUUGGUUUGACUUUUGAUGUGUACGUAUUUUUCUGUGUUUUUCGUGUUUCUUUGCGAGUGAAACUAACCAUUGUCAAUAAAGAGCAGGUAUGGCGGCUCCUGGUGCAAGUACAGGGCAAGAGCAGCAGAAUCGCUUGAAGAUCUUAGAAGAUCUACAGCAGCAGAAGAAGAGACUACAGAUGCAGACAAAUAGCACCACACCUGGGGCUCCACUGCCAGCAACACAGGCAAGACCUAAGGAUGGAAUAUUGAGUGGAACGAACAGGGGGCCUACUGAAACCAGAAAUCUAGAUGCAAGACAAAGACAAGCUUUACAGCAUGCAAAUUCCAAUUCCUCUGCUUUCUUCAUCACCCAAGACUCGUCAUUUGGAAACCUCAUCCUACCAGUCAUCCCAAGACUUCCAGCAGAAUGAAGCCCUCCUCAAAAAGACUUAAAGAAACCUGCAUGUCUUAUCUACAUGUUAGCCAGAAUAAAGAUCAAAUGCUGGCCGGACUUAUAAAUGAUGAACUUCAUUAUGUUCCAGUAAAAGUGAGACUUGCAUUUUUCUCCGGACUUAGUAUGCAGCUACUUGGAAAAUGGUUCCAAAUCUUUCAAAAUCAUAUUGCGGAAAUUGUUUGACUUUGUAGGAUUUAACUGCAAGCCAAACUGUUGAAAAAGGCUCAUCAAGCUUACACAAGUUGAGUUUCCAUAGAGGACUUUGGAGGUUAAUGAUAUUAAGCAAAAGAUAAAGUGACUGUGCCGAGACAUCUUUGCAAGUGUUUCUGGUAAUAUAGUAAGAUUCGUCAACAACGGUCUCCUCGAUUUUGUCAUAAGGGAAAGAAGACUACAGCAAGCCUGUCAAAACUUAAGACAAAAUAAAACAGUUCUUUCGAGACCCAACACUUAUUCCAAAGAGAGACUUUUCCACACGGUACAAGUGCACAUACACACAAUCAUUGCGUCACUCAUCUGCUUACAAGACCUGCCAGCAAAUUUAAAGUGCCUUUUGCUUUGCUGUGGUAAGCACAACUACUGCCAGUAGCCGCUCAUUAGAAAAUGUCUACUUACAGGGCUUAUGAAACUAGCCCCAGACUGACCUCGGAGGUACCGAUCUCAUCAAAAUUAAAAAUGCUGACGGAUUUUGAUGGAUUGAGUAAAGGUUGUGUUAAGAGUUCAAUAAAAGAACAAAAUCAACUCAA